AUGCUGUCUCUCAAGAUCUUCAAUAUUGGGGCCUUCUUUGGUCUUGCUGCAGUUGCGCCUACAUUUGCGGCAUCUGAGAGCGCUUCAUGCCGUUGUCUCCCAGAAGAUGAUUGCUGGCCCUCAGUUUCGACCUGGAACGCCUUCAACCAGUCUGUUGACGGACGUCUUGUCGCCACUGUCCCUCUUGCAACGCCCUGCCAUGUCCCCACAUACAACGAAAAGACGUGUGCUGCCUUGAAGGAGGGCUGGUUGCUGCCAGAGGAGCACUAUGAAUCCUCAUCUUCUUUCAUGGCCCCCUUCUUUACCAAUGGAACAUGCGAUCCAUACCACCCCGUUUCCAAGCCAUGCACCCUUGGCAACUUUGUCAAAUACGCAGUCAAUGUCUCUUCGCCCGUCCAUGUUGCCAAGACCUUGAAAUUCGCCAACAAGCACAACAUCCGAUUUAUCAUUCGCAACACUGGUCAUGACUAUAUUGGAAAGUCCACUGGUGCUGGCGCUCUUUCGGUCUGGACGCAUCACCUUAAGGAUAUUGAGUUCAAAGACUGGAAGGACGAGCAUUACGCCGGAAAGGCUGCUAAGCUCGGUGCCGGUGUGCAGGGAAUCGAGGCUUAUGAGGCAGCCCGCAAGCUUGGUCUUCGCAUGGUAGGUGGGGAGUGCCCUACUGUCGGCAUUGCAGGCGGAUACAGCCAAGGAGGAGGCCACUCUUCUUUGGCUUCAAAGUACGGACUUGCGGCAGACCAGGUCCUCGAGUGGGAAGUCAUCGACGGUACUGGCCGAUUCCUCACCGCGAACCGUGACCAAAACAGUGAUAUUUACUGGGCUCUGACUGGUGGCGGUGGUGGUACCUACGGUGUCGUCUGGUCCAUGACCUCCAAGGCUCAUCAAGAUAGCUAUGUGUCUGGUAUGAACCUUACUUUUACUACCGAUGGUAUCUCUGACGACACCUUCUUCAAGGCUGUCGAGCUUUACAAUACCCACCUACCCUCCUACGUGGAUAAGGGUAUCAUGAGUCUGAACUUCCUGACCAACAGCUCUUUCUCUAUCACCCCCAUGACUGCACCCGGCCUUACCUUGACGGAGCUCGAGAGCCUUGUCCAGCCGUUCCGCGAUGGACUCGAAAAACUUGGCAUCAAGUAUGAGGUCUAUGGCGAGGAAUUUAGCAACUAUCUUGACCAAUUCAAUGCCCAGACCCCGCUCGUCACGAUCGCAGUCGCCCAGUAUGGUAGCUGGCUUCUUCCCCGCUCCAUUGUCGAAAACCCCGAGUCUAGACACGAGCUGACCAAGUCAGCUCGCACUGUUCUUUCCCACGGCGCUACCUUCACAACUGUCGGUAUCAAGGUCACGGAGGACGUGACUGGCGACGUUUACAACUCUGUCAAUCCGGCGUGGCGCGGCGCAAUUGCCCACGUUCUCAUGUCUACCCCGUGGGAGUUUAACAAGCCGGAAAAGAUGCUCGAGAAACAGAAGCUGAUGACCGAUAUCUUGGUUCCUAGCCUGAGUAACUUGUCUCCUGAGUCGGGAGCCUAUCUCAACGAGGCUGACUUCCGCCAGCCCGACUUCAAAAAGGCUUUCUAUGGCGAGAACUACUAUAAGCUGCGCGCUAUCAAGGCCAAGUACGAUCCUCACCAUCUCUUCUAUGGCUUGACUGCCGUGGGAUCAGAUGAGUGGACCGUCUCAGAGAGUGGACGCAUGUGCCGAAGCUCUCCCCGCCACUGA